UAAAUUGUUAUGGAAAACAGUUUGUGGAAAAUGAGUUCGACUACUCCGUUAGCUACGUUAAUUUAGAAAUUAGCUAAUGGCAUGUCCAUGUAGACAGAAAAGUACAAGAAUCUUGCAACCCAUAUUCUAUACUGCCAGAAAGGAAACGAGCUAACGUUAUCUAGCUGUAAUAUUUUGCACGGGAGCAUCUUUGGCCCGGUAUUCAUUUAUACUUAACAUUGGACGAACACGAGUACGGACAUCAGAAAUUGUGUCUAGCUGCAGUGGUGUAUCGGUUAGACUAGAUAGGUUAACCCAAAAGCAGGCAGAGCUGCCAGAAUCCAGAGCCAAGAAGCAGAGAGCCAAGCCAGGCUGAGCCAAACUGUAUUGGACUGACCCCAGGCAAAGGGACAGUGCCCGGGGAUAGCUAGUAGAGCAGACUGAAGAGGGGAAGCUGUGAGGAAAGGCAGAGGGGGAUCUGUGAUUGUACUGGGCAGAACUGUGGGGUUGGAGCUGACAUGGCCGGGUUCCUGGAUAACUUCCGGUGGCCGGAGUGCGAAUGCAUCGACUGGGCAGAGAGGCGCAACACCGUGGCCUCCAUUGUCGCUGGAGUGCUGUUCUUCACUGGCUGGUGGAUCAUGAUAGACGCUGCAGUGUCUUAUCCGAAGCCGGCGGACCUGAACCACGCAUUUCACACGUGCGGCGUCUUCUCCACGCUGGCCUUCUUCAUGAUUAAUGCUGUUUCCAAUGGCCAGGUUCGGGGGGAUACCUAUGGAGAGGGCUGCUUUGGCCGGACAGGGGCACGUGUCUGGCUCUUCAUUGGCUUCAUGAUGAUGUUUGGCUCUCUCAUCGCCUCUAUGUGGAUCCUUUUUGGGGCCUACGUUGCAUCUCCAUCACCCGAGAGGGAAACCGUGUACCCUGGGCUUGCAGUGUUUUUUCAGAACGCCUUGAUAUUUUUCAGCACACUAAUCUACAAGUUUGGGAGGACAGAGGACCUGUGGGGCUAGAGCAGCUGCCUCUACCAAGAUUUUUCAACAUCCACUCUGCCCCUCUACUCCCCUCCUCCAACCUCUUCUCCCCUCCUCUUCUCUUGUGUUGAUCUAAUUUACCCCUCCCUGGACUCACCUGCAUGGACUGAGUUCUGGGGCCGGAUGUUCUUGUGGAUGCCACUGCAGGUGUUUCAGUGGACCAAUUUCCUUUGACACUGUGGACCAAUCCCCCCCGGCCAAGUACCUCAGACAUGUGUCACCACCAUUCAAACUAACACCUGUGCCACCAGGGCAUCAGCUGAAAUACCACCCCCCCCCACCCCCCCCCCAAAAAAAAAAAAAAAAAUUCUGUAUUUGCGCUAUGUUCAUGCAACAGCACUGUUAGAGUGAGAGAGAAAAAGCAAAGCUUAGUGCGUGGCUGCCUACUCAAGACCCCUCCCCUGCCCCCCCCCCCCCCCCCCCCCAAAAGCUUGAAGCAGGCCAGCAAGGCACAGGAUGACUUGCUGUGACUGGGCCCAGCCCUUUCAAAGGCCUCAAAGACAGAGUCAUCCAGGCUCUGUGCUGCAGGCUUCUAGUGAGCUACAGGCGGGGCAGAGUAUCGAGCCGUUAUUCGCUGACCAUCACCAAACUGUUUGCAAUUUAUCGGGGUGUUUUGCAAUGCUCCUUUUAUUAUUCACAUCCUCAAAGUUUGGGAAAAAGUGAUUUGCAUGAACUUGUAGCUUAAUUUUUACAAUUACUUUUAAGUGCUUUAAUCAUUUAUUGUAGAGCUUCCAUGCUUAUUUUCUCUGAUCCUCAGAGGUGCCAACUGCUAUGUUAUACCUGUAGCAGCUCCAAACGCCAUAACUGUUCUUCAUUUUUAUUUUUAUUUUUUUGCAGUUCAUAAAGAAAGAAAAAACAAGAAAAAAAUAUAGUGACAAUAUAAAGUGUGCGGAUGGUAUAAAGAACGCGAAGGGCUUGUAGUUUAAAAAAAACGUAAAAACGUGCAUUCUAUAAAUGAAUAUACAUCUGUCGUAGAUAUACAAACAUAUACAAACACACACACUUUCAACACACAAACUCAAAUGCAUAUUACUAGAUGCAUACUCACAUUUUUAUGCACAUAUACUGUACACACACAUACAAAAUGCAUAACGUACAUAACGUACAAACCAAACAGAUUCAAAUUAACAAAAAAAAAAUACAUGAAUUAAUAUUACCUGUAAUAAUACAAGAAUCAAUAAUGCUGUACAUAAAAUAAUAAUAAAAUAAUAUAUAUGGCAAUUUACGGAAUGAAAUUAAAGGGAAACAUGGAGUGCAACAUUCUGUGUUAUGCUGUACUCUUUCAGGAGAGGAACAGAUUUAGAUAUUUUUAAGUAUUAAAUAAGUGACUACGAAGUGAGAAGGUAGUGAACUGUUCCAUACUACUGGACCUCUGCCUGAGUGAAAAUUUGGCAAGUCUGGCUCCAUAAAAACGUCUGUGUAGAAGAUCAAAAGAUCAAGUAUCAUAAGAAUGUAUCUUGAGAGUUGUAAUGGAAAAAGCUAUAAAACUGGGAGUAAAUUAUUUUAAGUUUUGAAAACAAAUUCCCAGCUAACAGGCAACUUGACCUGUCUUUUAGAUAUCUGCACUAAACGGUUAGUCAAAAAGUCCAGACUCACAGCCUUGAGAAUAUUCAUAGACCUUUGUGAGUAACCCUGAACAUUAAUUCUCCCAUGAGAUGCUCGUUGAGGCUUGAGCUAAUAAUAAUAAUUGGCUCGCUAUAAUAAGCUUUGCCUGAUGCGUUUGCCAAAACUCAACAUUCAUUCUUAUCUACAAUGGCAGUGACGGAAACAACCAAAGUACCAUACGUUCAAACAAGAGUACGUAGCCAUCAGCUGAAUUAAUAUUUGAGUUUUUUCUUACUGAGAGUACUGUGGAUGUGACAUCAACGUGAAGCACAGUGGAUUAAAUGAUGUGUGUGACCAUGUCAAGUGCUUCCAGAAAACAGGCUUAUUGGCUGUUUUUAGUUCAAAAUAGCCCAAAUUGAUUUAAAAAAGGAUAAAAAAGAAAAAAACUGUCCUGUUAAGGCACCGUUCUAGUGCUCAGAUGGGUCCCGCGGUCCGGGAUCAAAUCUGGUCCUGUUAGUGCUGCCUGGCUGGUGGCCCCACUGGGUGGCGCAUAAUCAGCAGCAGCAUUGCCUGGGGUCAGGGAGGGUUCCAUCAGCCAGGAUCCAUGGCCCAUAGCUCUCUGUAGAGGCCCUGUUUGUCCAUCGGAAGCCUGUGGUCUGUUUGCUAAUGACAUGAGGUGUCUGACUGAUGUAUGUGCAAGCUUGGCUUAUGGGGCGUGGUGUGAAAAAAAAAAAAAACCACGUGGCAACGUAAUGUGCUAUGGAGGAGAGUGUGGGCUUGUGUGCACUCUCACGUCAUCAGUAGGGAUGGCAAAAUGAUUUUGGGUAUAGCCUACUUGAUUGCGCAUUCCAAAUUGGUGAGAAAAGCAUGAAAACCGUGUUGUGUAACUGUGAUUCUGUCACAGUUUAUUGCCAUUCCUUAUUUAACUUGACGAGUAUGUUGUUCAUCAUGAAGACCAAAUUUCAGGACCCUGAUGAGUUAAAAUCUGUAACUCAUCAGCCGUUUAGUUUGAGAACAAAUCAAUUCCUUUUUAACUCAGACUGUACAGUGGAGAGCUCCUGUCUGAUUGGAUUUCAUUGUGGACCAGCCUCAUUUUGAGCCAUUUAUUUGAAAGUCUUUUGUGCCCAUAUAUAUGUGGCUUAUGGAGAAAUUUAUUUUUUGUUUGUUUUCAUUCUUUUGUUCUCUAUGGUCUCCAGUUUUUUUUUAACCUUUCUGCCCAUGAAUUGUGAUCUAAGCUAAUGUACUGUAUAUUCAAAACGUUAAAGUAACAUUGUGACACUUGAGCAGUGUUACUGCAACACUGUAGAAAUGCUGUAGAAAUUUUUAUAUCUUCGAAAUUUUCUUUGGCUGAGUUUGUUGUAUAAUUUCCACUCAUAGGUAUAAUGUGAUUAUAUCUUUUCUUUUAAAAAAUGUUUUUUUGUUGUUGUUAUUUUAUAUAAGUGCAUUCUCAGUACAUUUAAUUAUAUAAUUGCUUGUUUAAUGACUGUGUAUAGUCACCCCCUGUGCCCUCAAAAUUAUUUAUUAUAAAAAAAUUAUGUAAAAAUGUGAGCAGAUUUUCACUACAUUUCACAACAAUAGUGAUUAUACAAAUUUUUCUCUGCCAGUCAUAUUUGAGUCUGGUUUAGUAGCACAUAAUGUAAUUGGUCAUUAUUCAAGUUCUGCUUCAAUGUCUUACACUGGAAUAUAAAUGUACAAAAGGCGUACAGUAAAAUAAAAACAUCAUAACAUGAAA